UAAUUCCACCACGUCAAUUUCGCUAACAUUCCUUAGUCAAUAUCAACACACAAGUAUUUUGUGUGUGGUAGCCCAAACCGAACUAUUCUUUCUUGUUUUACUAGAGUGGGGUACUUCAUCAAUAUACCAAAAUGAAGUUUGGGAAAGAAUUUGCAUCCCAAAUGGUGCCGGAAUGGCAAGAGGCGUACAUGGACUACGAUUUUCUGAAGACCCUUUUGAAAGAAGUCCAACGUUUCAAGCUAAGAAGCAGGCCACCGGCAACUCCGGGUGGCCUGAAGAGGAAGAUGACGUUGUACAGAGCUUUCAGUGGCCUAACACAGAGGCAGCAAAAUCAUCCAAGUCCCUCUUCUAAUGACAUUGAAAGCCAAGCCAUCUUGGUGAAUCCGGUAAACGGAGAAGGGUCGGAAAAAUACCAGACGACUUUCCUGAUGGCGGAUGACGAAGGAGGAGAGUACGAACUGGUGUACUUUAGGAGGCUGGACGAAGAGUUAAAUAAGGUGGACAAGUUUUACAAGGCUAAGGUCCAGGAGGUGGUGAAGGAAGCGGAAAUCUUAAAUAAGCAAAUGGAAGCUCUGAUUGCUUUUAGAAUAAAGGUGGAGAAUCCACAAGGGUGGCUGUGGGAAGAAAGCUCCGGUGACUUGACUCGGCUUGCUUCCGAUGUUGCAGCCUCUGCUGCUGCUCUGGCAGCUUCUACUCCAUCUGGGGCAAGAGCAAACCGAAGAGUUAAUCAUAUGGAGGUGAUUGAAGAGGGAUUGACCAGCCAUGAGCAUUCAGAUGAAGAUAAAGAUGAAAAGGACAACGAGAACUCUUUAGAGGAAAAUGUUGAAGCUCCAAAACAAGGAAAAAUACUUAAGUGCAAAAAACCAGCUCCAUUGCAAAUACUAAACCAUGUUAAGAUGAAUAACUCUCUUGAGACUCCUCGAUCAACCAUUAAAGGCGUCUUAAAUGUCCCUAACCACACUGAGCUUAAGUUCACUAGGCAGAAUCUAAGGAAAGUUGAAGAGCAACUCAGGCGUGCUUUCAUUGAAUUCUAUCAGAAGCUUCGACUUUUGAAGAGUUACAGUCGAUUCUUCUUCCUAACAUGUUUGUUCCACUGCAUCUGCGCUCCUCUCUACAAGGUGAGACUGCCAGAUUUCUUCCUAGCAGAUCAGUUCACCAGCCAGGUUCAAGCAUUUAGAAGUCUUGAGUUCUACAUUUGCUACUAUGGCUGGGGAGACUUCAAACACAGACAAAACACAUGCAAAUCUAGUGAUGUAUUCAAAGCUUUCAAUAUCAUCGUUGCUCUCAUUCCGUACUGGUCUCGCCUCCUUCAGUGUCUGCGUCGGCUUUAUGAAGAGAAAGAUCCUUUGCAAGGAUAUAACGGACUGAAAUACUUGGUGACAAUACUUGCUGUUUGUUUUAGAACAGUGGGUUACACUCUUAACAAAGGUCUGACAUGGAAAGUGUUGGCCUGGAUUUUCUCAGUGAUUGCAGCUGUUGUUGGCACAUAUUGGGACCUUAUCUACGACUGGGGACUUCUACAGCUUCAUUCUAAGAACAAGUGGCUGAGGGACAAACUCCUCCUCCCUCAGAAGAAGAUUUAUUUCAUAGCAAUGGCCCUGAACGUGUUGCUGAGAUUUGCGUGGCUGCAAACUGUGUUGGGUUUCACCUUGUUCUCUUUACACACACAAACCAUGAUCACCCUGGUUGCUUGUCUGGAGAUCAUUCGUCGUGGUAUAUGGAAUUUCUUCAGGCUGGAAAAUGAGCACUUGAACAAUGUAGGCAAAUACCGUGCGUUCAAGUCUGUACCGCUGCCUUUCAACUAUGAUGAGGACGAAGACAAAGAUGAGUAGGUUGUUUUGAUCCAUCUGAUCAGAAACAGGUGACAUAUAUAUCAAAAGAAAGAUUUUAAAAGAGAAGUCUUGGGGUCAAAGUGACCAUCUAUAUCUUAUAAAGGAUCAUUCAAUUA